AUGAUUACAAGACUUAUUGGUAUAGCAAAGUCAGGGAUCUAUCGCACAUACCUGACCGCUUCCUUCUAUGAAUUGUUUCCCAAAAACUUUCCACAUGGUGGCCCCCCACAAGAUUCGUUUAUUGUGAAUGACAAAUCUUUACGUCGAGAGUAUCGUUCGUUACAGAGUGAAAGCCAUCCAGACAUUUCGUCAGAUACUAUUAAAUCUUCAAAUAUAAACAGGGCCUAUACAACGUUGAAGAAUCCAUAUACUCGAAUUGCACAUUUCAUCCACUUGAAACUGCCCAAUCAUGUAAAUAUCACCGACGAUGCGGUGGCCAAAAAACUAAUCAAGAAUUACCAGCAAAAGUCAAUGGAAGCGUCAAUGAACUAUAAGGAGAUGCUUAUGCAGGUAAUGGAAGCCCAUGAGCAACUAGAAUUAGCAGAGCUGGAAAACGAAUUGGAGACGUUGGAGGCCGAAAACAAAGAGCGUAUAAAAACCACCGAAGAAAGGAUCAACCAGUCACUAAAAAACACCCCCAUAGAUUGGGAAGAGUUAAUGAUGGAUGCUAUCCGGUUAAAGUAUUGGGUUAAUAUACAAAACGGAAUCAAAGAUUGGGAACCAGGUAAACCAGUCCAUCUCACUCAUUAA